UAAAGGGAACUGCAUCAGAUUUCAACAUUUUCACUCAACAAAUCUGUCUGAUGGCAUGAAUGAAGCGAAUAUGGCCGACGAAAGCCAGUACAGCAGAUCAGCUGUUCCUAUACUUUAUGUAGAAAUGAAACCACGUCUGUCUGUUGUGCAAUUCGUCUUGUAUGGUUGUUUGAAAAGCUAUUCCAUAAUCCGUGCUGAGAAAAAUACCCUAACUGUUCGCGUUCCCCUGGCUGGCAGAAGAGAACAAUACAAAUUUACAGAUUUCACAGUCGACCCCUUGUCGUCUAACGGACUCAAUGUCGUCUCCGGUGGAGAGAUGCAGUGGAGAAUGACGCUAAAGUCAUUGUUCGGUGACAAGGUCAAUGAAACUGCGAAUAUAGAGGAGAACAGUUUGGUCACCAAGAGAAUAGUGUCUGAGGUACAGAGCCUGCUUGAGCAUGGAGGAGUUGCUGUCUCAUGUCGGAAUUGUGGAAAGAAAUUAUUUGUCAGGGACAGGCCAUUUUCGAAAGUCCUCCCUCUGCCGUCUGACGGUUGGCAAGAAGUUGCGGAGAAUUGGUUCUGCCACAAGGAAAAGGACGAUGUUCCCGAGAUCAGCAGGUUGCAACCACGGCAGGAUGAAAUACUUAUCGGAGAGACAGACUUCUAUAUGGCGCUGAAUAAGAGUGUUUCUCACUGUUUUAGAUUGAAGGAGAAUUCUGGGGACCUUGUGUGUGACAGGUGUGCUAGAGUGAUAGGGGCAGGUUAUAAAGACCAUGAUAUAUUGUUUGCCGAGGUCUACAUCCAUUCUGUCAUAGUGACGUCUUCAAAAGAAAACGAAGAAAAGACAACUAUUUCAAGUUUAACAACGAACCAGUAUUGUGAUGUGCUCUUCAGCCGGCUCCUCCUCGAUCAAGCCCAGGUCUUCACCAGUUUCAGAUUUAUUGUCGAAAGUAAAGUUGGAGGCAAAUUUAAACCUUUUAUAUUGGUGUGGUUGAUGGACCAGCAAGCCUACCUGGGGACGCCAGACGUCGACACCUCGGCUAAAGAAGUGGUAUUUGUGCCUGUAGUGAAGUUGCUGUACCAAGGAUGCAUAGGAGGCAGGAAUAAAGAAACGGCUGAGCUAUGGUCGCGUGACAUGACGGUCCACAGUAUUGAGCUUCCUUCUUCACUCUGCCUCAAGGUGUUAUCGUCUCUGAUUGAAGCGACAAAGCAAGUGCCGCCUUCCUUAAGAUACCUUAAUGGAUUUCAUGUUGGUCAUUUGAGGAGAUGACCCGCGAAAAGGUGGCGAUAUUUAUGAGUUCGUUGCUUGAAAAUCAGGAAUAUUGACGCUGUUGUACAAUGGAAUCUCCCUUCAAUUUAGAAGCUGCUGUGUACUGUAUAAAAAUGCGAGAUUAUGGUGAAGUGUAUACUUUUUGUGAAAGCACUGCCAAAUGCAAACUUAAAAUGUGAAAAUAUUGACUCAGAACAUUUCUCCGUUUAUAAGUUAUGAAUUUGUAUCAGGUACUGCAUUUAAAUCGUGGCCAUAUUGCUGUUGUACAGAUGUGUUCAUUGCAAUGCGAGAACUUGAAUCGUACAGGUGUAGUUUAAAUCAUGUGCAUUUUAUCAGAUUGAAAAUGGAAACUGGCAGCUUAUUUUGCCUUUUGGUACACAUUUCUCUCCUAAAAAAAGAGUGCCUUAUACCCUUUACAAGUAUUUGAAUAUUUCAAUAAAAUUAUUUUGA